ACUGAAAAAAGAAGAACGCAAUACCUUGUCUAAGUAUGACCCAUUUUUUCAAUGGUUAGGUCCUACGUGAUGUUCGAUGCGAGUGAGAGGAAGCAGAAUGAAUCGAUGCAAAAGCGUUCCCCGCGCGAUAAUGUUAGCUACAAGUUGGUGAUUAUUUUAUUGCAAAAACAAGUGCAAUUGUCGCAUUAACAAUAUUCAAUCAUUCGAUUCACCUGGUGUAGUUAAUGAAAAAAGUGUAUUUGAGUGAAUAUCCAAUUUAGUGUGUACCCUGAUUGAGAUUGGAGUAUAAACAAGAGUAAAGAGGAUACAAAGGAAUACAAAGACAUUUGGGGGAGCCAAGUGCGGGUGGGAGCAAGGUGUUUGGGGGUGAAUUAGACUCCCAGAAUUUGCUAUGUUUGUUGAGGACAAGCAGCUGCCGUUACUUGACGCUGCUGGUUAUUGUGAACACGAUGCUCCAGGACUCGAGAUCAUCGAGAGCAACCACAGGAGGCGGCGGUGCCGCUUCAGCCGGUGGAACAAGGACUAUCACCAGGAGGAUGACCGGGAACGGAUGCGCUCGGAGAUCACCGCGCACUUACAAUGGUGGCCCAACGUCAGAUCUAAUUGUCAACGAUUUUGACGAUGAAAGGACAUUGGAUGAGGAAGAGGCGAUGGAGGGAAGUGAGGAUUCGCAUAAUGAACUUUCCAAUCUUCAAAAGGAAGGUGACAUGCCUCUGAAGGAACUCCUAGCAAAAUAUUACGGUCGCACUUCCCCGGGGUCCAACAGUUCUGAACGUCUCCCUCUCGCCCGCGAGGGUGACCCAGACCCCGUUCUGCAGUCGUCCGAAAAAAUCGAGAAUGAGGGUGAUGAGUUCGAGGACGAGGAUGAAGAGGAAUACGAGGACGAUGAUUCCCAGCCCAGUUUGCGUCAAUUUUACACAGAAUUAGUAAAAGAGAAGGAAGCAGAACGCUUGGGAACGACAGGAAAGUCCGCAGGUGUAGCAAGACGAAUGGAAGCCCCAGGUGAAGGGAUUCCGGUAGAAAAUCCAGCAGGCGCUGAUGUUGAAAUUACUAACGAUAACAAUCCAGCCCUUGUUGCUGAUGAGGAUAUAAAUUACGAGGACGAAGAGGACGAUGAUGAUAGUGAAGACAGUGAUAACACUGAAGUUCCAGGAACUACAGUGCCAGGUGUAAGUGAUACUGUGGGCGUUGGAGGGAGUGGAAGUAGUGGUGGAGGAUCCUCACGUCUUCUCAGGAGUGUAUCACGACCUCAAAGUGAAGAAGAGGACGAUGACUGCGAUUACAGUCCUGAUGAGGAUGAGUGGAAGAAGACAAUUAUGGUUGGGACUGAUUACCAAGCGAUUAUUCCUGAGGGCCUCUGUCGAUACGACGACGCACUACCUUACGAGAAUGAAGAUAAAAUCCUCUGGAAUCCCAGCUUCAUACCUGAAAGGGAAACCGAGGAAUUCCUUCAACGCGCUCAGUUGCCUACGCAUAAAAGCAGUUUGUUGCCAACUGGUGCUCAUGUGAGGGAUGAUGAACAAGCUCUCUACCUUCUCCUGCAGUGUGGAUACAAUUUGGAAGAGGCUUUGAGGAGGAGGAGAAUGAACGUACUACCUCCUAUUGAUGCUAUUAGCCUCUGGUCGGAGGAAGAGUGUCAUAAUUUUGAAUCCGGACUGAGGACUUAUGGAAAAGAUUUUCAUCUUAUUCAAAAGAAUAAGGUAAGGACGAGAUCUGUGGGUGAGCUGGUGCAGUUCUACUACCUCUGGAAGAAAACAGAAAGGCAUGAUAUAUUCACCUACAAAGCUCGCUUAGAAAAGAAGAAAUAUGCCCUGCAUCCUGGUAUAACCAGAGACUACAUGGAUCGUUUCCUGGAGGAACAGGAGGGAGUGAGAGACCGGAGCAGCUCUCCCAACGUCAAUUGCCUCCUUCAUGGUGAUGUAAAGCGCCAGCGUACGAACGUAAAUCUCUCCAACAAUCAUGAAGGAAAAUCAGUGGAAUUAUGGGAGAGUCAGGGGAAUGACGAGCCCUCAGGCAUUGGAGCCGAUGGUGAUGCUGUGGCAGAGGGCCCAACAAAUACCUCACCAAGUUCUCCCCCUUCUAUCUUACCUCCUCCCCCGCUUCCAAGCAACCUUCCAGCAACCACUGAAUCAUCCACUGUAUCUCCCACGUCUUUCAAUCCAACAUCAGAUCCUCCAAUAAACUCCGUAUCCCAAAAUCACACUCACGAACUCUAUCAAUCUCCCCCAGAAUUCCCAACAUCAUCUGACAUUGUUGCGGCUCAUUUACCACCUUAGCAUCCCUUUUAUUCGAAUAAUUAUUCACAGAGUGAAUUACAAAUUGUUGGACAGUCCUAUGGGACUCACUACCUCCGCCGCUGCCAUCAGUCAUUCAAAAAUGAAAAGAUGAGACGAAAUAAUUAAAUCAUUGUUCACGUAUUGUGUUUUACACAAGUUUAUAAAAAUCCAUUGACACUGUUGACGAAUUUUUCACUGAUUCAUUCAAUCUUUUAAUUAACUUGUUAUGGAUUUUAAAGGGGGAUAUUUUCACAAUGAGUUGAAAAAUUUCACAAAUUAUUGUCUAGAAUAUUGGUUAAGUAUUUGUUGAACUUUGACUGAACAUUAUUCUUCAGUUCUACUGAUUUGAUUCUAUUACCGAUAGCACUCAGUUUAAUGGAAAUGCAACGAAUAUGAGUAGCUAAUUACAAGGAAAAAUUUAUUUUCAAAUGUUAAUUUGAAAAAAAAAAUCAUGCAUUGUUUGGCGAUUGAAUAGUGGCGUAAGAUGUGUGAUUGACUUCCAAUGGAUGCUUUCCAUUCACGAGAGUAUAUGAUGUCCGAAAUUUCUCAACUUAUUGCUCAUCAACUGGAGUGCUUUCGUGUUGAAUUGCAACACAGGCUAUUAUAAUAUCAAUAAUUGAUGCUACGAUUCACCGUCUGCAAAUCGCAGAAAACCAGACGAAAUAAAAUCAACAGAAGAGCAAAGGGCACAAGAUACUGAGGCAUGUAUUGACACUUCGAAUUAUAUUUUUCUACUGUAUCGUAAAAAAUGAUAAAAAAUAUGAUUAUUAUUAUUAUUUUUAG